GUAAUUGUCUUUCUUUCACAGGAAGAUGUGAUCACGUUUAGCUCUUGGUCCAUGUGAUGUCCCAGCCCAGCUUGAGGAAUUGGUACUCCUGGAUUACAAACAUCUCUUCCGCUUGACAUUUGCUGUCCGUGACCAGAUCCAUUUGUUUCUUCAGCAUUGGCGUCACUUCACAUGAAAUACCUUCCAAUCUCUUUCAUAGGGAGGCAAAGGAAUUAGUGUGCUAUUAAUAACCUAUGGGACAAUUAAAAUGCUAAAAGCACAGUGCAUCAAAGGGAAAACAUCGGAAGCUGAAUAGAGCGGAUAGAAAUGGGCUAGGAUAUGUAAUUAGGUUACACUUGCCAAGAGAUGUCUCAUGUCCCAGAUAACUCUUCGGAAGAGUAUAAAAGGUCUCUCAGCCUGGUUUCCUUCACUUGCUUCCCGGCUCCUAUACUCCUUCAUUCCUGUUGCUGAAGGGCUCUGCCAAUACUCCAGAAAGAUGUGCUCCCGCAGGUCCUGCCACAGCCACGAAACCUCCUGCCAUGAACCCCACUCCUCCUGCCACGACUCGGGAUCCUCCUGCCAUUACACCAUCCAGAGGCAGCCUGUGCAGAAGUUCUCCUACGUGACCCCCUGCUGCCCUCCUGUGCAGCCCUAUUGCCCCCCUGUGCAGCCCUAUUGCCCCCCCGUGCAGCGCUACUGCCCCCAGACCCCCUACUGCCCCCAGUACCCCAAGAACAUCUGCAAGCUGCCGCCAACAUACCCCAAGUAUUAACGGCAAGAUUCGGCCCCAGACCCGGACCCACUGGCUCGCUCCUCUCUCGGGUGGUCUCAAUGCUUAAAGCUUGAAUCACUGUUUCUCUUUUUCCAUUCUUGAUUUGUAUGAAUCCUCAAAUAACUCACCUGUGAUUAGAAGUUUCUUCAACACUGUAAAUUGGAUCUGGUUUAAUUUCUUUAGCGUGCAAGCUUAUAUUCUCCUCCAAAAGAUUGGGCAUGUUUUCUGCUGGUGGGGGCUUACACGUGAUGUGUCAACCUCCAAAUCAUGUGGAUGAGACAAUAAAAUUUCAUUUCUAAAAAUACAAAA